AUGACUUCACCCGCAUUCAAGCUGCUGCUCUUCGUGGCUCUGGGCCUGGCCCUGUUCGCCGUCGCGGCUCUGGCUGACGACGACUACGACUACGACCACUGCUACGAGGACUACCCCGAGCGCAACAAGAACCUCAACGGCCCGUGCAAGGGCGGCUACUGGCCCGACGGCAAGGGCUGCUGCCCCGAGAUCUUCAAGGGCAAGGCCUACUACCGCGACUACAACAAGUGCUACCCGCGCGACCUGGACUGCGGCGUCUUCUACUCUGACGAAGAUGGAUGUUAUCCCGAUGAGAAGGGCGAGUAUCUGGAGGCUGGCGAGUGGUGCCCCAAGGACCGCAAGUGCCACGAGCGUUGCAUUCGCCCCGAGCACCACAGGUCGACCACGACCGAGGAGUGCCCUAAGGAGACCACCACGACCAAGAAGCACACCACCACCACCGAGGAGCGCACCACCACCCCCAAGCGCACGACCACGACUGAGGAGUGCCCCAAGGAGACUACCACGACCAAGAAGCACUACACCACUGCCCCCAAGGAGACCACCACGAAGAAGCACACCACCACGGAGGAGUGCCCCAAGGAGACCACCACGACCAAGAAGCACUACACCACGUCGACCACCGAGGAGUGCCCCAAGGAGACCACCACCACGAAGAAGCACACGACCACCACGGAGGAAUGCCCCAAGGAGACUACGACGACCAAGAAGCACUACACCACGUCGACGACGGAGGAGUGCCCGAAGGAGACCACCACGACCAAGAAGUACACCACCACGACCGAGGACACUACACCACGUCGACCACUGAGGAGUGCCCCAAGGGAGACCACCACAACCAAGAGGCACACCACCACGUACCGAGGAGUGCCCCAAGGAGACCACCACGACCCAAGAACGCACUACACCACGUCGACCACCGAGGAGUGCCCCAAGGAGACCACCACCACGAAGAAGCACACCACCACCACGGAGGAAUGCCCCCAAGGAGACUACGACGACCAAGAAGCACUACACCACGUCGACCACGGAAGAGAGACCACCACGAAGAAGCACACCACCACGGAGGAGUGCCCCAAGGAGACCACCACGACCAAGAAGCACUACACCACGUCGACCCACCGAGGAGUGCCCCAAGGAGACCACCACCACGAAGAAGCACACGACCACCACGGAGGAAUGCCCCAAGGAGACUACGACGACCAAGAAGCACUACACCACGUCGACGACGGAGGAGUGCCCGAAGGAGACCACCACGACCAAGAGGCACACCACCACGACCGAGGAGUGCCCCAAGGAGACCACCACGACCGAGAGGCGUACCACCACCCCAAGCGCACCACGUCGACCACCGAGGAGUGCCCCAAGGAGACCACCUCGACCAGGAAGUGCCACCACGAGACCACCACCAAGGACCACUGCCACGAGCACUCGACCACGACCACCGAGGAGUGCCCGAAGGAGACCACCACGACCAAGAGGCACACCACCACGACCGAGGAGCGCAGGACCACCACCCAGAAGCAGGGCGACAACAGGAAGUGCGCCAACGGUCAGUGGAAGGACGGCAAGGGCUGCUGCCCGCGCAAGGUGGGCGACUCGAAGUACUUCUACUACCGCGACGGCCGCGGCUGCUACCCGAUCGACACCAAGAGGGGCGUGCUCUACGCCGACUCGAACAAGUGCUACCCCGACAACAACGGCAAGUACCUCAAGGCCGGCGAGUACUGCCCGGAGGACCGCAAGUGCAAGCCCGAGUGCGACGGCGAUGACUACCACCACUACUAA